AUGUUUGCCAUUGACGGGAAUCCCGAAAAUCGCCCUUCAGCAUCGUUACCAAAAGAAACAAAGUACAAGUCAUUUCUGAGAUUAUUUGAACUGCGGCAAAAUCGUACAAAUAUCUCCCGGUCGAGGACAUGGAAGCCAAACGCUCUCCGGCCGUCUGUAUUGAUUUUUACGACACUCAUCUGCUGGUCGUUAAUAGCCAUCCUUCAGGUACUCCUGGUCAAGAGUCGGCGCGAUGGCGGAAUACAAUUCGCUCCCAGUAUCAAUGAUCUUCCACUCUCGCGGACGUUCAUGCAUCAAUACCUGCCGACAAUUCUCGCGGUGCUACUCAGCAUACUAUGGAGUUGGAUCGAUUUGGAGACCAAGAGAUUGGAGCCAUAUUACCAGAUGAGUAGGAAGGAUGGUGCCCUCGGAAAAGACUCACUGUUACUACAUUAUCCCUUCGACUUCAUUCCGCUAGUCCCUGUGUCGGCUUUCAAGAAUCGACAUUGGAGCGUGUUCUGUGCAUCCUUUGCAGUUGUUCUCGUCACCUGGGGGCUUGUACCCGUACAAGCCGGUAUCUUUGCAGCCACGCAAGUCAUCAAAACAUAUCCUACGCCCAUAGCUGUCUCGGAUAGCUAUCUCCCGGCGGAAAGACAGCGAUUUGAACUGACACAAGCCUACGCACAAUCCGUUUACGCCAUAGUCACACUCAACGAGACUCUGCCGCCUUUUAUGACCACAGCCUACGCUUUGACACCUUUCAAACCGACAGAUGCCGAGGAACGCGCGAAGGGUAACUUGACCGCUGUUACGACGCUAUACAGCCUCGAUAUGGAGUGCCACGAAUCCGUGCCAUACAUAGAAGGCCUGGAUGUUACAUAUACCAGUAAAGAUGGAUGCAACACCAUAGGGGGGGUAAAACCAAAUGAGGUCUACGGGAUGGAUGUCUAUGGAGAGGUUGAUCUGAGCUUGCAGGGGAGGAGGAAAUACACAAUCAGAUAUGUUGGAUACUGGAAUGAUGUUGGGAUUGCCGACUACUCCCUGGACCAGACCUGCGACACAAAAUACAACCACACGUUCUAUGCCGGCAUCAUUCGAAACAAGGACCGUGCAAGCGAUCCCGAAAACCAUGGUGCCUCGGUGUUCUGCGAGGCUUCGUACUAUCAACAAGAAGUGAACGCCACUGUCGACGCAAGCACGAAGAGUCCCCAACAUAUUGUUCCAAUCGGACCGAAAAUGCAACUUGCACCAGAUGUUUUCAACACGACGCUUUUUGAAUCUCAACUCAACGCUGGAGCAGGCAUCGUGGAAACCAGAGGAGCGUUGCCGAUUGCAUCUUUGCCAUCCUACGCGGGAAGGCUGGCAGACAGGAACAUUUCCCUCUUGAGCGCACCGGUUCCCGGGUCACUGGAGGUGCAUGCGGUUGCCGCGUUGGCCGUCUUGAGUGGAGGCCGACCUGUUGAAGACUAUUUGGAUGCUAAAGUUCUAGGAGAAUCGUACCAGACGGCUUAUCGACUGCUCUUCAGCCGCGCGAUGGUCGAAGUCUUGAACCAGAACUUCACUUCGGUCAAACAAGUCAUGGGUGAACACAAAAUGCAAACACAGGCAGUAAUUCUUGUGCCGGCUUUCACCUAUAUUGUGGUAGGACUUUUAGGUGCAUUGUCAAUUGCCAGCCUGGGAUUAUUGUACUUCUCCGUCGGGAGGAGUGUGUGUUUGCGUUCAGAUCCAAGCACAAUCGCGAGUGUCAUGGCUCUUACUGCCGAUGAAGAGCCAAUCCUUACCCAGUUCGAGCGGCUUGAUACACGGCCGAUGAAGGCUAUUCAAGAUGCUGUCAGUAAUAGACGUUACAUGCUCGUCGACAACGACGUUCGGGCAGGGACGCAUGAUUCUUCGUCAGCGCUGACAACCCACCUCAGUAUCAUCGAAUCGGAUAGGGAUACGCAUAUUGAGGAGCCACCUACAUCAGACAUGGAAGAAGUCGCAAAGCCAGUAAGACCCGUAGAAUUCCGCUCGUUCGUUGCGGUGCCUUUUGUUACGUUGCAUCUUGGUCUAGCCGUCACACUUACCGUACUCUUCAUCAAGGGGCGCAUCAACGGUAAUUUCUCAAUCACUGGCGCCUGGAGGUAUCUUACUGAGCUGAUCAUCUACACGCUAGGCUUCCCCCUCCCCUCGACGAAUAAGAUUGUGCAGAAUAUUGUCCAGAAGUACAUUCCCACCGCAACAGCUACUCUGAUCGAACCAAUGUGGAUCCUUAUCAAUCGCCUCCUUUGCCUGCUUCAGCAACUCGAAGAGCUCCGCAGCGGACACGCUGUUGCCAAGCGGUCCAUUGACCUCGACUACGCCUCGCUACCUCCACAACUCGUCAUAUUCAAAGCCCUCCGCUCCAGGCACUUCCUCCUGGCAUCUGUAUGCUCCAUGGCGCUUCUCGCAAAUGUCCUCUCAGUCGCCUUUGCAGACCUGUUCAGGCAGAAUCCCGUUAACAUCACAACAGCUUCGCAGUUCCAGAUACCAUUCGAAUCGAAAUUCGUCUAUGUAAACGGCACCAUGGGUCCACCGUACCGCUCGAGACUCGCCAGAGGUGAAUCCAUAGGGGAAGCUUCCGGAGCCUGGAGUGGCGGAAAAGGAGACGAUCAGUUCCUGAUCGCGAGAUCAAACAUCACAGGAGGAACCCCCCUCCCGCCUUGGACAGACGAAAAGAUGGUGUAUAUGCCCUUCAUCACGGGCAACGAUAGUAUCAGUUUGUACAGCGCUAGGACGACAGCUUUCGGUUCUACACUAGAGUGCAAACCAUUGGUCGCCGGAGUCAACUGGACUGCAACAUUGUAUCCCUCCCCGCAGGAUCCCAAUGAUCUUCUCAUGAACUUCAGCACGAUCGUGACGACAGCUUCAGGAGAUCAAGUGCGUUGUGCAGACCAACACACCAUCCGCCGGGGUCUGGUGGAUUAUCAGAACCGGCAGGCUGGUUAUCUUUGUCAGGAAGGCCCCAUCGCAGCGGAAUUUACGUCCUUCUUGUUUGCAGAGAGAGAUAAUGCUACGAAGGCGGAGGAGGAUGCUUGUGCUGGCGCACUUGCAUUCGGCUGGACGAGAAAUGCUACGGGGACCUGCGGACCGCUGGUAGAGAGGACGCUGAAUGAUGGUGACACGCUCUUCAUUCAGUGCACUCCAAAGGUGCUGGUGGGAGAGGCAACGGUACUGGUAGAUGCACAGGGGCGCCUGCAGCGGCCGGCUUCAGACAUCAAGGUGCUUGAGGGCAUGUCACCGAAAGAGCUGGCAACGUACUUCAGCAACGAUCCGCUGGAACUCAUCAAACAGUCCAAGAAAUUCCUGUUCGACGCCGGCGCCAUGUGGCACAACGACAAGUUCGCGAGCCAUUUCAUCAACUAUUUCAUCCGCGCAAGGAACGGAUCCCGCGUUCUAGAUCCACAGUUGCCGCCUCCGACGUUCACAGAUGUGGAGGAGCCGAUGGAGAGUGUGUACUCCUACCUAUUUUCUAUUUGGCUCGGGUCGAACAAGGAGAAGCUUUUUGUUCCUUACGACAAAGCCGCCGCUCCCUCACUGUCAGGAUCCACAAUCACGACGAGGGAGCGCCUAUUCCUAUCAACCACCAUGUCCGCGAUAGCACUUGGCAUCCUCUGCUUAUACGCCCUUGUUUCCGUGUUGGUAUACCUUCGGCGUCCAGGACAAUACCUGGCGAGACUGCCGACCUGCAUCGCUUCCAUUAUUGCACUCUUCGCCGCGAGUGAAGCAGUGCGCGAUUUCCAGGGUACGUCGCGGUAUGGAAAGAAGGAGAGGGCGAGAUACCUGGAAGGCCUGGGGCUGCACUACGGGUAUGGAGGUUUCAUCGGGAGGGAUGGCAGAGUGCAUGUUGGUAUUGAGAAGAGUUCGCAUUUGGCUACAAGGCGGACGACAACCUGGUGGGAGAAGGCAUUGAAUAAUUAUCGGAAGCGCUGA